CUGUUUAAAGUGCAAUGUGUGUAGCCAAGCUCUGACACAGGAAGGUGAGGUACAGUAUCCAGGCUCUGUUAUAUAAGGCCAGAACAAUAUAUGCUGGAAACCUGACAAGAAGGCUUUACAGCUUAGAAGAGAAAAGAUAAGGGUGAUUUUUAGAGAACAGACCAUGGAGACCUUACUAAUUUUUGCUCUUGUAAUGAGUAUUUUCUCUUGUUCAGGGCUACCGAUGUAUGACUACGAACCAUCCAUCACAGAAAAUGCUUUGAAUGCCUCCAUUGCAAGAGUGAAUUUUAGAUUGCAAGGGCGCAAUCUCUUUGGUGUCAUCAGGAGCUAUGUUAGAAGGGUUGACCUGCUUGAUGGCAACAGCUACAACAUAAUACUGGAUUUCAAUAUUCAAGAAACCACAUGCUCUAAAGAUUCAGAGAGAGACCCAUCUACCUGUGACUUCAAAACAGGGCCCUAUGCGCAAGCUGCUUUCUGCAGAAGUACAGUGUAUGUCUCUGAUGAACAGAUUCAGAACUUGGCAGUCCGUUGCCACCAGGACUCGUCGAGCUCAGAAUCUGCAAGCAGUGAAGAGAUGUGGUACUUGAGAAUGAUGGAUCUGAAUAGACGGGGUAAUGGCCGCAAUAAAGCUAUACUUGCUCCUGAGGCCUUCUCUUCAGGGAGGAGAGGCAACCCAUAUAAAACAUGGCAUAAACCCAGUGAUAUCAACCCCUACAGGUUUAAGUAAUCCCAUUUAGUGAAAUGAAGAUCCAAAAGGACCAGAAGCCACAGAUGCAGUAUACCAAGAAUAAACUUGAUAGCAAUUACCUUUGCUUUUUAAAACUGCAAAAGCUGUUCUGUAAUGAAUGGACUGUCUUUCCCACUCACUCUCUGUGUUCGUGUCAAGUGUCCUUUGAAUGUGCAUGCAAGAUACUAAAUGUAUGAAAAUUGGCAGGAGAUAGCAUUUCAGUGUAUUAGAGCUCAUUAGGAAAGCUUUCAUGCAUCUAGCAUAACUGUGUCCAAUACGCAUUGUAUCAUCUUCUAAUGGUGCUAUUAAAAGGUCAUUAUACAGUC